AAAAUUUUUUGUCGGUGUGCGUCAUCUCGCUGGUGUUUUCAAUGGUUUUCAGUUUCAAUGUGUUUCGCAGCAUCCCGGCAUGAACGAGAUUACCGGGUUUACUGAACGGUGUUAUAGAUCAAACAUAAUUUAUGGAUAUGUAUACAACGCAACUUAAAAUUUGACGAAAAUUUGAAGGCAGAGUUUUUCAACCAUUUAUUUCGUCGAUAGACGACGAUGUUUCCUAAUGCAAAAACAAUAAAUAACAAAGAACGAGGGAUAAUAAAAUUUCUUGGCUAGCUCGAAAAUUGUUUGCAGCAACAUAACAUCGCGGAAAUGAAGCUGGUUAAGCCAAAUUGGGUUAGCCACGAUGAUAACCCGAUAUUCUCGGUCGAUAUUCAUCCGGAUGGAAAAAAAUUUGCCACUGGAGGUCAAGGAGGUGAUUCCGGAAGGGUAGUUAUAUGGAGUAUGGAGCCCAUUCAAAAUGAGGCUGCCGAACUUGACGAAAAAAUUCCAAAAAUGCUUUGUCAAUUGGACAAUCAUUUGGCCUGUGUAAAUUGCGUGCGUUGGAGUAGCGGAGGAUUAUUGGCGUCUGGAGGAGACGACAAGCUCAUAAUGAUAUGGAGAUUGGCUGGUGGAGCUGGAGGAAGUUCAAUUUUUGGAGGAAAAGCAGGUGUUGAGACUUGGCGUUGCAUAGCAACAUUGCGGUCUCAUGAAGGAGAUGUACUGGACCUUGCAUGGGCUCCUCACAGUCCAUGGUUGGCAUCAGCGUCUGUUGACAACAGCGUAAUAGUCUGGGAUGCCUCAAAAUUUCCAGCCAUAGUUGCUGUUCUCAAAGGUCAUACCGGCCUUGUGAAAGGUAUAACCUGGGAUCCGGUCGGCAAGUACUUGGCAUCGCAAUCAGAUGACAAGACACUUAGAGUCUGGCGAACGACAGAUUGGGCUGAGACUGCUCUCAUAUCAGAACCGUUUGACGAAUGCGGUGGAACAACUCACGUUCUGAGGCUAUCAUGGAGUCCGGACGGACAGUAUUUGGUUUCUGCGCAUGCUAUGAAUGGUGGUGGACCCACUGCACAAAUUAUAGAACGAGACGGAUGGACACAGGACAAAGAUUUCGUUGGUCACAGAAAAGCUGUUACGUGCGUUCGUUUCAACGGUAACAUAUUACAAAAAAAGCAGCCAGGAGCCUCGAAACCCCAGCAGUAUUGUUGCGUAGCGAUCGGAUCUCGCGAUCGUUCGCUUUCCGUUUGGCUGACGUCCCUAAAACGUCCACUUGUUGUAAUUCAUGAUUUGUUCACGCAUUCCGUGUUGGACGCGAGUUGGUCUCCUUGUGGAUUGAGAUUAGCAGCUUGUUCGUGGGACGGUUCUGUUGUUUUUAUCGAGUUCACCCAACAAGAACUCGGCCAGCCUCUCGAUCCGGCGGAGCAAAGUAUUCUCCACGAACGUUUGUACGGAAAACCUCUGGUCCAGGGUGGUUGUACAGUCAUGGAAGCACCCGAAUUAUUGAACUUGAAACCUCCUGUACCGUCCUCGCAAACAUCAACAUUCAGCCAACAACAACCUGUUUCUAAUUGCGUUGAUCCUCCUCUACCAAUGUCUAACUCGAGCACACCAAUGAAAGGGCCUAUAAACAAACAAAUCGAGACGAAAACCUCUGACGGUAGAAGAAGAAUCACUCCGAUGUUCAUUCCUGCCCCACCUGAUUCAAUGGACACUUCAAUGGGUGGUGGCGUUGGUCCGCCAACGUUUAUGAGCACGUCGCAAGCGAAAAGCACCAUAGUAAUCGAGAAACGUGACGACAUCGUGCGUCCCAAUGUUUCAUCGACAGUUAAUUCAUCAGCGACAAAUUCGGUCGGUACAACACUAACUCUGAAACGUCGAGAACAAACCACACCGAAACAGCAUCAUACAUCUCACAAUAAAAGGCCAAAAGUUGUUGCUGAUAGGAGUGGAAAUCACAUAGUAUUGCCGGCCUUGAAACCGUCCAGUUCGUUGUCACAGCAAGCCGGUCAUUACGCUAUUACUGUAACGAGCAGUCAAAGUUUAGCUCAUUUACAAGUCUUUCGAGGUACGGACUCGGAACCAACGUGGGAUUUGUAUUUAGGAUACAGCGCCGUUGCCCUUGCUGCUUCUCCUUCCGUUAUAGCUCUUGGUCUCGAAGAUGGGAGUGUCCAUACUUUUCAUCCAGCUAAAGGAUCAAGACCAGCUCCACCUUUGGCCCCACCCGCUCCUUUGGCUAAAGUUCACGCAGUCGGAAAUGCGGUUAUGGUAAUAUCGUGUUGCGGUGCAGUACGAGUUUGGGAAAUCGGUAACACUUGUCGUCUAAUUGUUUCGACGUCGGCUAGUCAUCUCGCUGCCCCUGGUGCAUCCCUUUUAUCCUGUACGCUAUACAAUGGGAUGCCCCAUUUAGCGUUUACCAACGCCCGGGCUUACAUUUAUCACAAAGAAAUGGGAACUUGGUUAUUGAUCGGUGACAGUCAUGAUCCAGUGUGGCGUUGGUCGUCCCAAAAUGCAUCGACAGUGACAGGAGGGCGAGGACCAAGAGGACCUCUAUCUUCACUGCAGGAAGCUCUGCAGAGAACGGCUGGUAGCGCAUUGCCGAAUCCUCGGCCACCUCACAGUGCGCCAAGCGUCGUGUCGUAUUUGGAGCAACAAUUGCUUGCUUCGAAAGCACUAGGUAGUUCUCAAGAAUUCGUGCAUUGGUUGAUGGCAAUUGUGUCGUUUCUUCUCACUCAAGACGGUCUAGAGAAGCGUUUGAGAAUAAUAUUGGACGAUCUUAUGGGACCGAGUCAUGGAUCAGCUUCAAAAAGCUCAUGGGAUCCCAUGAUCCUCGGUAUGCGAAAGCACAAACUUUUGAACGACGUAUUGGGUAUCAUCGGUGGUCAUCUUAGAUGGCAAAGAUUGUAUCUCGAAUAUUCGGAACAAUUAGCCACGCUCAAAAAUCAAAACAAUCAGGAUUGAAUGUUUCCUGUGUUAAUGAAGUUAGCGUCGUUGAAGCCAAACGUAAAUUACUUAUAUUUUCAUAUUCCAAUUUGAAAACAAAUGUUAAUAGUUUUUUAUUUAGUUUAUGAGUUCCUCAGAGGCCUGUGGAAAGUGAGUCGCCUCGAGUUGUCGAAACUUCAAAAAAUAUCACGUUUUGAGCAAUAUUUACAGAAAUAGUAAUUACGUAAUGUUUUACAACGAUGCCAAUUUCAAAAUCACGUACUUUACUAAUGAUUAUGAAUGGUACCCACGAUGAAUAAAAUGUAUAUUUUGUUUAUCUGUACAUUAUUCAAAGGCAAGUGAAAAUGAAACGAAUGAAAAAGACACGAGAUGAAGUCUAUUAUACGAUAAACGAUUCUGAAGACUGUACAAACUUUUUAUAUAUUACCGUGUGAUAAUUGGAAUAAAUUAUUGUUAAGUACAAAACUGUUAUUCAUUACGACGUGCACGAAUUCUCAUUAAUUUUAACCAAAAAGUAUUUGACUAGAAAAGCCAAGAUGAAAGAAAAUAUUUCGAGCGGAAAUAUAGCUUCAUGGUGUCAUGAUGGUGUUCAUCGCAAUAUAUUUGCAUAUCGAAUACAUAUACAUGUCAUUAUAAUAAGCUCUUUAUAAAAAUACACAACGAAGCUCACUGUGCGAUAAGCGAGAGAAAUUUGUCAAUUAUAAAGCAUAUACUAGCUUGCAUUUUUUAAAUAUAAUCUCGAGAUAUAUAUAUUUAUAUAUAUUUUUUUGUUAUUUCAUUCAUUUAUAUACGUACGUCGCCAGGACAUGUAGAAAAAAACCUGUGCGUUACAUUAUUUUCGUAUUCGUUCGGAAUCUCUUGAAUAGUUUCGUGGGAUUUGCUGAGUUAACUUUGAGUUUAUUUGUAUAUUUCUUAUUCUGUUCGUUUCGGUUAAUAACAGAGUCGUAUUAACAGCAGUUGACUGUUAAAUAAUUUUUCGUAUUUUUUCGUAAACAGCGGGUCGAGUCGUUAUUUUUCUCGAAUGUUCCA